CUGUUUUUAGCUUUUCGUUCCUUUCUUUAAUUAUCUUCCACUUCGGCUGUUCGAAAUCUCUCUCUCUGGCUAUCGGGGACUCUGUUUCUCUGAUCGGAUUGAUCGCCGGAAUCACAUCGAUCAAUCAACUCGCCGGAAUUCCGGCGAUUCGACUCGGAUGACUCGUUACUUGGAUCCAUUGACGGCCAAGUUUCACAGAGAUUGUAUCGCGACAGGGUAACGUUUUUUUGUUUGAUUCCGUUUCCCCGUGUCUCAAUCCCUAAUUUCAGAUCCAUGCUUUCUUUCGUAGAUUUCUGACACUUCGAAAUAAUUGGUGGGAGUAAGAUUUUAUUCCUCUUGUUUAAUCAUGACUUAGGGCUAUUAAUCCGUGCAUGUUGAUCUAUCGUUUCUUGAAAUUGGUACCUUAUCAAUCAGUGGUUCAUGCUUCAGCUUUAAUUCCCGUUCCUUGAAUCUACCGAAUAUUUGGAUUAGGGUUUUUUGUUUUGAGGAGUCAUGUUUAAGAAAAUUAUGAAGGGAGGGCAUCGGAAGCCCUCCAAGUCCGAUGCCACUGAUCCUUCAGCUUACGCGUUUGGACCGCCGGGGAAUUGUAAUUCAGGGUCUGUUUCGACGACGAACGUGGUGGUGAAUCAUGCUUCUCGGCCUGGACCUGCCGCAUCGGGCCCUAAUUCAAACUGUACUACGGGGGUUGUCACGUUGGCGCCUCCUACUGGCAGUAUAGAACCUCUCCCGUUGUUCCGCGAUGUACCUGCUUCAGAAAGGCAGAAUUUAUUCAUUAGAAAAUUGCAGAUAUGUUGCUAUCAGUUUGAUUUUUCGGACACUCUGAAGUCUGCCAGAGAGAAGGAAAUUAAGCGGCAGACGCUUCUGGAAUUGGUUGAUGUGAUACAAUCAGGGUCGGGGAAAAUCACAGAAACUUGCCAGGAAGAAAUGAUUAGGAUGAUUUCAGUAAAUAUUUUUCGGUGCUUGCCUCCAGCUGCGCAUGAAAAUACAGGCCAGGAAAAUGCUGAUCCUGAAGAAGAUGAACCUUACUUGGAACCGUCAUGGCCACAUUUGCAGCUUGUAUAUGAACUCUUACUGAGAUAUGUUGUGUCAUCUGAUACUGAUACCAAAAUUGCCAAGAGGUAUAUAGACCACUCAUUCGUGUUGAAACUUUUGGAUUUGUUCAACUCCGAGGAUCCUCGUGAGCGGGAGUAUUUGAAGACAAUCUUACAUCGUAUAUACGGGAAGUUCAUGGUACAUCGGCCAUUUAUUCGGAAGGCAAUCAAUAACAUUUUUUAUCGGUUCAUUUACGAGACAGAAAGGCACAGUGGUGUUGGCGAGCUUUUGGAAAUCCUUGGGAGUAUCAUCAAUGGGUUUGCAUUGCCAAUGAAAGAGGAGCACAAAUUGUUUCUUGUUCGGGCUCUUAUUCCUUUGCACAAGCCUAAAUCAAUUGCAAUCUAUCACCAACAGCUAUCCUACUGCAUAACACAGUUUGUCGAAAAAGAUUUCAAGCUUGCGGAUACUGUUGUAAGGGGCUUGUUGAAAUAUUGGCCCCUGACCAACUGUCAGAAGGAAGUUCUUUUCUUAGGGGAGCUUGAAGAAGUACUAGAGGCUACACAAUCAGCAGAGUUUCAGCGCUGUAUGGUUCCUCUUUUUAGACAAAUUGCACGUUGCCUGAAUAGCUCUCAUUUUCAGGUUGCUGAACGAGCACUGUUUCUGUGGAACAACGAACACAUUGUUGGCUUGAUAGCCCAAAACCGGGGUGUGGUAUUACCAAUAAUUUUCGAAGCAUUGGAGAAGAAUAUCCGAAGUCAUUGGAACCAGGCAGUUCACGGACUGACCGUAAACGUUCGAAAGAUGUUCAUGGAAAUGGACAUCGAGUUGUUUGAAGAAUGUCAAAGGCAGUACACGGAGCGGGAGAUGAAGGCGAAAGACGUCGAGGAGCAGAGAGAGUUAGCUUGGAAAAGAUUGGCAGAUGUUGCAGCACAGAGAGGAGGAGACUACAUGGUAACAGUUUAAAGUGAGUGUUAAAAAAUGACUGUGAUAUAGAUGGUCCAGAUUUGAUGACCCUCUCCAAUUUUUUUGGAAUUCUUUUUCUUUAUCCUCUUUUUUUCUUUCUUUUUUUUUUUUUUUUUUUNGUA